AAGAAUUUAAAUUGUUAAAAGGGAAAACAUUUGAAAUUAAUCAAAUCAUUGAUUAAGUAGAAGUGCACUUAAAAUUAAAAAGCCUCUCCUUCUGCGCCGGCAGUGCAGUGAAGCAGGGAGGUCCGGAGCUAGCAACUCUCACCCGGACUAUGUGGUGUUUAACUGGACUUCCAAGGUUAAACAGAAGCACUUAGGGGGUAGACAGACGUGUCUUAGUCAACUAACAGGGAAGUUAGGACUAGAGAAUGGGAUCUUUGCAAAGUAAACAACGUAGUUGCUCGGAGCUGGAACCAAGAGGUCCAAAUAAAUUAUCACCACUGUGCCAUUUUAUGAACGAAAGAUAUCCUGGUAGUUGUGCGCAGCUUGAUGUGUGGGUGAGACUAGGAUUCCCAGCAGAAGGCAGCUUGAGUGACAGACAAUUAGCACAACUGAAGGAGAAACUAGAGAGAAAAGAAGGGAGUGAUAAUAUGAAGCACUUUCAAAGAAACAGAAAAAGGGAUUUACACCCUUUAAGGCAGAUUGGAAUGUGGAAAGAAGAGAAUCAGAAGAGAGUAAGACGGCAGAUAAGGAGUCAGAAUAAAAAAGAAGAGGUAGGGAAAGGAAAGAAAGAACAGAAAUUGAAGACACAAAAUGUUAACCAACAAUUUCCUCUCUUGUCCGAGCUGAACCCUGGGAGAGUGCACCCUGAUCUGGACUCCGCUCCACCGCCACCGUACAACCCAGCUGUACCACAGCCCGUACUUCCAGCUCCGGUACCUGCAUCCCCAGCAGCGGCCACCCCAACACAGGCAGAAGCAGGGGCCAGCGGUGGGGGACCGGCAGACAACACCAGAAGCAAGACGAAGAUGGAAAGCGGACACAAGGACGAAACAGUUUGGCAUGACACCGCCCCUGAACUGGUGUGCCCGAUGGUGGAGGUGGCGGGACCUGAAGGCCUAAUGUUGGUCCAUCGUCCCUGGACAGAGUCAGACCUAAUCGACGCCGUCGCUCACCUGCCCCGGCCAGAAAAGAACUCCACUCAGUGGGCAAAAGAAUUUGAACAUUUCUGCAGAGAUUAUAGGCCGACCAUGAGAGAAAUACAAAGGCUGCUGCAAAAGAACUUUGGGACUCAGUAUCACAAAAUAAGGGGCUAUUUCACUGAAACCAGACUGCCCCUGCGUUUAAAAGAUCCAGUAUGGGAUAAUAAUGCCAACCAAGACUAUCGAGACUCAAUUGCCGCACUCUGCACAGAGAUUCAGGCUGCCUUCCCAAUUCCACAAGACAUGACCGCUCUGGAGCUAAUGAAUCAGGGCUCUGACGAGGCUGUGGGCGCAUUCCUGGCGCGCCUCACUACUGCCUUUGACUGUCAUAGCGGUAUGCAGCGCCCAAAUACAAUGGGAGGCUCCCCACUCACAGCUUAUGAAUCAAACUUAAAAUGCCUUUUCCUAAGCAGAAUGCACCCCUCACUGGCAGAAGCCUGCCGCCGCUCCUGUAUUACCUGGAAAACCUGUAGCUUGGCAGAGAUUUUACAACAUGCUGAGCAUGAAGAAGACACUCAAAAGCGUCAGGACGCACAAAGGAAGAAAAAGAAACAGGAGAGGCUGGACGAGGCCCAGCUGACCAUGUACAAUGCAAUGGCGAGCGGGGCACGAGGACGAGGGCGAGGACGGGGAAAAGGCAGAUUCCGAAACGCCGUGCGGGCAGGGGACGUGGCCCCUGGGACCCAGAAGAAUGUUUCAACUGCAGAGGAAAAGGACAUUGGGCGAAUGAAUGCCCACACCCCAGGAAAGCAGCUGAGGAAACCUCCAGCUGAAACGGUGGCGAUGGGCGGACCCCAGAGGACCAGGAGUCACCCAGGGCGAAGCAAGAUGAUGAGCCCGAGUCGUGGAAAUGGCAGGACCUUGGCCCCUGGCUCCGAGGCAAACACGGGUGUUCAGAUUUCUGCAGAACGAUGGAUCCUAGGACUGAGUACAGUGAAACCGGAAGAUGGCGAUGACUCAGAAAACUUUCAUGACUGUGUGCAGAUUCUGGAGGAAGAGUGUUCGCCAAGGGUUGAUCUGUCAGACACACCUCUCCCAAACGCUGACCUCAAGCUGUUUGUGGAUGGUUCUGCAUCAAGAGACAAAACAGGCAUCAAUCAAACAGGUUUUGCUGUAGUCACUCUACACGAAAUUGUAGCAUCAGGCAAAUUACCAUCUCAUUUUUCAGCACAAGCUGCAGAGCUAGUAGCGCUCACCAAAGCAUGCAAACACGCUGAGGGCAAAAUAGUGAACAUCUACACAGACUCUCGCUAUGCGUUUGGGGUGGUUCAUGACUUUGGGGCCCUUUGGCGACACAGAGGUUUUCUCACCUCCUCUGGCAAACCUGUAGCUAAUCACCAUCUUGUUUCUGAUCUUUUGGGUGCUAUAAUGUUGCCAGCAAAAGUUUCUGUGAUGAAAUGUGAUGCUCACACUAAUAACUCUGAUCCUGUCUCUGUAGGAAAUGCCGCUGCUGAUGCAGCAGCAAAGGCUGCUGCUGUUAAAGGUGACAUGUUUCACAUCCUCCUUUCCUCCUCACAGCCGGACGUUAACCCAUGUGCUGAUCUCCCCACCAUCCAACAACUGGCAACCGCCGCAGAAAAGGCGCAAUGGUCAAAAGCUGGAGCCACAUUUUCGAACAAAAUUUGGUUUGGGCCUGAUUCUAAACCAUGUUUGCCACGUGCCCUCUUUCCAUACUAUGCUAAAUUAGCACAUGGAAAGGACCACGUGGGCAAAGGGGGUAUGAGUAUAGCAAUAAGUGCUAACUGGUAUACCAGAGGGUUUUCAAUUUUUGCCUCUGAUUACUGUAAAAGGUGUAUCACAUGUGCAACACAUAAUGCUGCGGGAGCUCAAAAGGUUAUGCAGCCCGGUCAUCCUCCUCCCCAAGGCCCUUUUCAAUACUGGAUGAUGGAUUUCAUAGAACUCUCACCAUGUGAAGGAAAGAAAUAUUGUUUGGUGUUGGUGGACAUGUUCAGCAAAUGGGUUGAAGUUUUUCCUUCCUCCAAACAGGAUGCAGGCGCAGUGGCCAAGGCUCUCCUCAGGGAGAUCAUCCCACGGUGGGGAAUUCCCACAAAACUCAGCAGUGAUAAUGGUCCAGCUUUCAUCCAUCAAGCUAUGAAAGAAAUGUCUGAAUUUCUCGGUUAUGACCUUAAACAUCAUUGUUCUUAUCAUCCACAGAGCGGCGGUGCUGUUGAAAGGGAGAAUGGCACCAUUAAAGCGAAACUCAGCAAAUGUUGUGAGGAAACUGGUUUGACGUGGAUAAAAGCACUCCCUCUUGUGCUUUUCCACAUGCGCACGCGAAUCAGAAACAAACAUGGAUUGAGUCCAUUUGAGGUAGUUUAUGGGAGGCCUCCUAACACAGGGCUUAGAUCAGGGACUGCUUCUUUAGACUCUAAACUGUAUGAUGACGACAUGUUGAACUAUUGCAUAACUCUCACAGCUUCCCUUUCAGCUCUCCACUCUCAGGUGAAAGCCGUACUGCCCACGCCAGCUGACACACCACAGCACAACUUCAAGCCUGGUGACUGGGUGGUGAUCAAAGACUUCAGGAGAAAACACUGGAAGCAGCGGCGGUUUCAAGGGCCGUUCCAGGUCCUUCUCAUGACUCAGACUGCAGUAAAGGUUGCUGGGAAACUUCCUUGGGUCCACGCUAGCCACUGCAAGCGCAUCCCGGAACCCUACGACGACUUCCAACCACCUGUUGGAACAGGAGGGAAGUAGCGUGCCAAGCUACCAACGGAAAGUAGCGUGCCAAGCUACCAACGAACGUAUCGGAGACCGUGUUGUGAGCCAAUCACCUCACUUAUCUUGUGUGGUCGGGGAGAGAGAGGAGGGUAGUAACCCGAGUUUCUCAAGCUGCAAGAAGGUCACACAUAGAUAAGUGUGGUAGGAGGUUAACCCACGUGUCAAAGAUGACGCCAUCACAAGGACCCCCAUGGCAUCCUUUCAGACACCCAGGUUUUUUGUGGUCUGCGUGGUACUAUUUGUUUUCUCCUUAUCCUGACUGUACUGAUUGUUAUCCCAGUGUUAUGGUUCGAGACACGACACAUAUCACGAAACACUAAGACCCUCAAGCCCAAGCAAUGAGACACACGUAGCUAAAUCAAGACCACGCAGAUCCACUGCAAUUUAUAGAACAGAAGGGGUGCGGGUAAUACCAAAGGGGCAACAUGAGGAUAUUGAAUCCAUCAAGAAACGCAAUGCAUGGUACUUAUACGCUGACCUUACAGCUAAGCAACACUUUUCGUCUUCCUGCAUAGUCUGCUCGCUCGCAAAUCCACCAUUGAUGGUAGUUCCAUCACCCCUCAGUUUCUCCUCAUGUGCAGGCCAGUAUCUUUUACGGGGAUUAACUUCUCACAUUGUUCAUUUUUUUGUAUCUUUUGAUGUUGGUCACAGAUGCCUAUGUGUUGAUUCUGUUACAGGCUGUUCUCCCUCACAGGCCUGAUGACGUGGUAUCUUAAACCUUGACGGCUUGAUAUCACAGAAGUUUAAUUACCUGUGAGCUGUAUGACCUUCCUGUGUUACUUUAAUUACUAAUGUCACUAUUAUACUAAUGUUUAUCACAACAUUUAACAUGUUAUUGACAGUCACGGGCCAAGCUCUUUUAUUUUUUCUCAUCCACUUAAGUGAUCAGGUAUGAUCAAAAGAGGGGAGAUGUAGAGGAAAAAAAUAUAUAUUAUUAUCAUUCAGUAUAUAAUCCUUGUGUUAACUGUGAUUCUUUGUGUUACACCACUCUGUAGAAGGCUGUUUCCGCUGCACUGCAAAUUAACUUGCUGUCUUAAUACAAGGACAAACCACAUUUGCUUCAUGUAAUACAUGACAGGCUUAAAGAUAGCCCGACCUACACAUGUCUGAUAAACUACAUGAUAACCACCUGCAUACAAGGACGGACACAUUUAUAGCCUGGCUUGAACAUCUAAACUUUUUCCUUUUUCUUUUGGUCUGAGAAGGGAGUGGGCCCUCAUUUGGGAAUGCCUCCCUUAUUUGUCCCUGACAUCUAUCUCUUUAUGAAACAUCACAACUCUUUGUUCUUAUGCAUAUAAAAACCCUGGUAUUAAUGCAUUCUUCAUCGACUCAUCGGGAGACACUGACUGUUACUUGUUGAUGUCGAUCCUUCUGCGCAGAAGCUUUGAAUAAAUAUACAAAGACAAA